UCAAUUAUAGCCAAUGAUAUUCAUCAAAUAAGUCGUAUGUCCAAAUUUGAUAGAAUCAGUCCGUUCGCGCCAGAAGCUCGAGUACCAUUGCAAUCUGAAUUAGAUGAAGCAAAUUUUGGAACAGCUGUAUGGAAACGAAAUGAAAGAGAACGAUUUCGCGUUCGUUGUGUUAAUGAUGGUUAUGAAAGGUUACGCGAACAUUUACCAUUGAGCGAUGGAAAUCGACGAAUCAGUAAAGUCGAUACACUUCGACUGGCUAUUCGUUAUAUUAAACAUCUUGAAGCAAUUCUUAACAGCAGUGAUCACUGGUCACACUGUGAAUGUUUCGAUUCAUUUCAAACGGAAAGUGAACAAAACGCUGAACGAAUGCGCCAAAUUGGUAGGAAACGUCGUAGUCCCAUAUGA